GUCCUAAGCUGACGUCAGCCCGGUACCGAUGAACCACCGGUAGAAACUGAAGAAAGCUGUAAAGUCGGGCUUUUUUUGUGUUUUCCCCCCUCGCCAAACCCCCGUUAAACGUACAAACAUCAUGCCUUUCGAUGUUAGGAGAUUUGAUAUCUACAGGAAAGUGCCAAAAGAUUUAACCCAGCCAACAUACACAGGAGCUUUCAUAUCCAUUCUCUGCUGUGUCUUCAUCCUCUUCCUGUUCCUGUCCGAGCUGACGGGAUUCAUAGCCACCGAGAUUGUAAAUGAGUUGUAUGUGGACGACCCUGAUAAAGCCAGUGGUGGGAAGAUAGAUGUGAGUUUAAACAUCAGUUUGCCAAACUUACACUGUGAUUUGGUGGGCUUGGACAUUCAAGAUGAGAUGGGUCGCCACGAGGUCGGUCACAUAGACAACUCCAUGAAGAUUCCUCUCAACCAGGGCGACGGUUGUCGCUUCGAGGGAGAGUUCACAAUCAACAAAGUACCAGGAAACUUCCAUGUGUCAACACACAGCGCUACGGCACAGCCGCAAAGCCCUGACAUGACCCACACCAUUCACAAGCUGGCCUUUGGAGAAAAGCUACAGGUACAAAAAGUUCAAGGAGCCUUUAAUGCUCUAGGAGGAGCAAAUAAGCUUUCAUCUAAUCCUCUGGCCUCACACGACUACAUACUCAAGAUUGUGCCAACAGUGUAUGAGGACCUGUCCGGGAAACAGAGGUUCUCUUACCAGUACACGGUUGCUAACAAGGAAUAUGUUGCUUACAGCCACACGGGCAGAAUUAUCCCAGCAAUCUGGUUCAGAUACGACCUCAGUCCAAUCACAGUCAAGUACACAGAGAGGAGACAGCCGUUUUACCGCUUCAUCACAACUAUCUGUGCCAUCAUCGGAGGGACGUUCACAGUGGCAGGAAUCAUCGACUCCGGUAUAUAUACUGCCUCGGAGGCCUGGAAGAAGAUCCAGAUAGGAAAAAUGUCAUGACCUCCUCCCAUUCCUCUUCGUCUCCUAUUUAUAAGUGCGAAGUUGCUAGCCUGUUAGCUACAUCCAGUCCCGAUUAUAAACAAGUUCCUCGUGGAAAUCGUAUCCCCAUGACCAAUGAGGAGUCUCUGGCACACGAUAUAGCUACCAGGCUACACGGCCGUCUUUCUUUUUACUGAAGUUCCUCUUCAGCUCCAUUUGCUCUGCUGACGUGUGGAUGCUGACUAUCACAUGUCUGCUUUCUCCGUCAUCGGCAUCGGGAGCGGAGAGGAGAGGAGAGGAGAGGAGAGGAGAGGAGAGGGGACUCUUGUUACUGUGAGGACUCAUUUUAAAGGACCGUGUAUCAGGAAGGUGAUGGUGCACGUCUUUGAAGGCUGCAGCUUGUUUUGAUAAUGAAGUAAAAACUUGUAAAAGGGCUCUUUUUGGGCUGAUGUUACAUUUCUUCAAAUUUGAUGAGGUUCAUAUAGAAAUUCCACACCUAAUCAAUAAUGGGAACAUUUGUAAUUCCCAGUGCAUUAUGAUAAAGAAAAAAAAAAGGAUGUAAAAGGUGCCUCUGCAGGCUCCUUGCUCAACCAGGAUAUCUGUUCACAUGUAAUCUGGUUUAUCCAGUUUGUUUUUUUUUGGGGGGGGGGGGUAUAUACCAAUUUAUAAAGUAUCUCUUUCUUCGAGUUUCUGAUAAGUUAAUUUUGUGUCAUGCUGCACAGUUUUGUUCAGUUGCCAUCUCAUUCCAUCUCUACGGAAGAGCCCUAAUACUCGUCCGUACAUCUCCAAUACUGAAUCUGUGAGCUUUUAUUCUUAGUUUCAUCAGCUCUCUUCCAACAAAGUAUUUUCACUGUUUCUCAGUGCGUUACAGUAUCUGUGUAGACCCUUCUUUACAGACUUUUUUUUUCUCACACAACCUGAUCUUUACUGUUUUAUACUAAAUAAUCCACCAAUCACACACAAAUAUUUGGUGUAACGACCAACAUCUCUUGAAUGUCUGCUAUGUCUGGUUUGAUUUGUUCAUUGAAACAUGUUUUUCUUUUGUCUCCAUGAAGUUGUAAUGUCACUGAUGUGAAGGUUUGUGUCGCCCUUUUUUUACUGUUCUUAUGACGUUUCUUGUUGAAGCAUGGUGAGAACUACAAACCCUCUGCAGUUGUUCUUCGACUUUAAAAGCCAGCAUUUCCUCUGUAAUGCUACAUGUCCUCAAGUAAAGGUACCAUUCAUAUUAA